UGAAACUUUUUCCUAAAAGAGUGUAAUGAUUAUGCUGAUAUCAACAUACUGGAACUUAAUUCGGGGAGUUUAUAUGAAUCAUGGGUUCAGCUGUGUUGUCUAUUUUUAUUCUGAAUGUGAUAAUUUAACAGAUCAUUUAUCACGUUUUUAUACUAUAAAGGUCUUGUGUUUUGCAUUUAAAUGUUAUUAAAACGUCUUAGUCUAAAAGAAAAUUGAAGUAAAAUUAAAAUUGGGAAUACCCAUGCAAAGUAUUUAAUUUUAGUUGUUACAUAUUAUAUAUGACUAAGUGAUUUCAAAGAAGUCAUAGGAAAUAAGUAGGGAUGCACCAAUAUCACAAUUCAGGCCGAUAUCGAUAUCCAAUAUUAAUAUCCGAUAACGGCCGAUAACUGCUAUUUACCGAAAUUAUGUAUCAUAUAUAUCUCACUACUCUUUCAACACAGUGAAAAAACGACCACACCGCUGACAUUGCUCCUCUGCUUCAGUAAUCACCCUACAGUCCUGCACUGCAUCAUUAUCACUGUCACAUGCCCAAACAAAUACCACAUGGCCAACCCCUUCCACUUCAAGAACACACACACAAACAGUAACAAGAUGGUAAUAAAUAUAGGUUAUUAAUAUCGGGCCAGUUUUACUUAUCGGGCCGAUACCGAUGUCAAUGCCGUUAUAUCGUGCAUCCCUAUAUGAUAAUGUGAACUUUUCUAGGUGAGAGUGAAGAACGAGCAAAGACCCGGGAACGAUUUAACGAAGUUUUCAAGAAAUAUACGGAAUCAGAGAAGAAAAAGUCAAAGGACAGCACUGAAGCAAAGGAAACUAUUGUGCUCCAGAAUCUGAGAAAAAAACUCAACCUUGAAAAUGACAACGAUGAUGAGACCGUUCUGCAAAACAUGCGUGAUCCAGAAGAGGACAGCCCACGUUACACCAAGAAUAAAAGAAAGGAAAAGGAAGUAGCACAAAAGGUUUCUGUCAACAACAGCAAAAACCAAGAGGAGGGUAAAACAUCUAAAGUAAAGAGGAAAAGCAAGAGGGACCUUCCUCCCUUACCUGUACCUAAGGCCAACACCGGUGACAUCCAAAGGGAUACAAAUUCUGCUAAGCCUGAAAAUGCUGUAGAUCUAGAAGAUGCUGAAGGUGGAAAGGAACCAAAACGGAAGAGUAAGAAAGGAAAAAGCAAAGACGGCACAAAGGUUACAGCAGAGAGCCAGGUGGAGGAUGCAGAAGACAAACUGCUUUAUGAAUACCAGCAGCAGAUGGAACAGGAAGAAGAGAGGACCUUGAAAAAAACAAGAAUCAAAGAGGGGGAUGACAGCACUACUUUGCAAAAUAUUAGCCUGAAUGACAAUAUGGGGAAAAAGAAGCUGAAAUCUGUCAACACUGAGUCAGAUGUAGGAGAUCAAGAAGAAGACAGAGACCAAGAGGCUGAUGAUGAAAAUGAGACAGAAUCGAAGGGAAAGAAGAAAAAAAAAAAGAAAAAACAUGUUGUCCAAGAGGAGAGUGAGGCUGAGCUGGAAGGAUCAGAAAAGCAGACCUUUGAUGACAGCCUUGUGCUGGGAGUGUUCAUUCAUAGAACCGAUCGCCUUGAGACGGAUUUACUGAUCUCACACCCCAUGGUGAAGAUCCAUGUCGUCGAUGAAACCAUAGGGCAGUAUGUGAAGAAAGAGGACUGCCAUCGGCAUGUGUCUUCGUUUUAUGAAAGAGAGAAUGUUGACCACGUUCUCCCAAUCAUGACGCAACCCUUUGACUUCAGGAAGAACAAAUCCAUCAUCCCUGAGUGGCAGGAACAGAUCAUAUUCAAUGAACGGUUUGGUUACUUUGUCCAGCAAACUGAUGCAGCCCCCACAGUUAUACUCUUCUUCGAAAUCCUUGAUUUUGUGACUAUGGAGGAGGCAAAAGCCAACAACGAUGUUGAGAAGCAUGAGCGAGGGUUUCGAAAGAUUGCUUGGGCAUUUCUUAAGCUUGUUGGCGCAAAUGGGAUUCUGAAUAUUGAGAGCAAACUUCGCCUUCAGCUCUUCUGUCCUCCACCUCGGGCAAAGAGACAACCUAAAACUGUAGAGGUGUUUGAGUGGUGGAGGAAGUACCCAAGAACCAAAUACGCAUCCACGCUCUAUGUCACUGUGAAAGGAAUCAAACCCCCAGAGCACGUGGACCCUGGUAUCCGGUCCAUGAUGGCAUUACAGGAGGAGAGAGGCAGCACCUCCUAUAGCGAGCUGCAAAAUGAGGUCACCAAGAGAAGCCUGACACAACGCGCUGACAGCAAGCAGCCCGUCUUGAGAUGGAGCCGACUGCCCGGGCAGAUCUGUCGAAUUCCUAACAAGCACAUUUUAGCUUUCCGUGGUGGUAAGAUGGGCUGUUUCACGGUCCUGUUUUCUCAUGCUGGAACCAUGCUGGCGGCUGCUUGUGCGGACAGAGAUGCUUUUCCUGUUGUUGUGUAUGAGAUUCCCUCUGGUAAGGUAAUGACUGCUUUCAGUGGUCAUCUGAAAAUUGUGUAUGAUCUCUGCUGGUCCAGAGAUGAUAAAAGCCUGUUGUCUGCCUCCUCAGAUGGAACUGUCAGAGAGUGGAAUGUAGGAAGGCUUCUAGAGACUGCCCAGAAGGUGCUGGUUCACCCGUCCUUUGUAUAUUGUGCUCGGUACCAUCCCAGCGCCCAGAACCUGGUGGUGACCGGGAGCUACGACUGCCUGAUACGAGUGUGGAGACUUGAUGUGGAAGAUGUGAACGGCCAGAUGGUGCAGGAGUUUGAGGCUCACAGCAGCUUCAUCAACACACUGUGUUUUGACUCUGAAGGAAGAAGAAUGUUCUCUGCAGACAACACAGGCAUCAUCAUUGUGUGGAAAACUUCAGUAAAUCCCAGCAAACAGCGCCAACAUCCAUGCCAUCACUGGUCUAUAGAGAUGAAAAUGGAUGAGAGUGACCUUAGUGGCAUCCCUAUCAACAUGCUGCAGCUCCAUCCAAAUGGGCGCUGUCUGCUCAUCCAUGCCAAAGACAGCAUCCUCAGGAUGAUGGACCUGAGGAUUUUGGCCACGAAGAGGUAUACUGGUGCAACAAACUACAGAGAGAGAAUUUACAGCACUUUCACACCAUGUGGGAAUUUCAUCUUCUCUGGUAGUGAGGAUGGGAUGGCAUAUGUCUGGAAUACAGACACAGGAGACCAACUAGCAGUGUACUCAGAGCUUUGUUACUGCACUGCUCUCCAUAGCGUCUCCUUCCAUCCUCAUGAGAACAUGGUAGCUUUCUGUGCUUUCGGUCAGAAUCAGCCUGUGCGGGUUUAUCUGUACGAUCGCAAAGUUUCCCAGCUGGAGAUGCACAACGUUAACGCAUUGAGCAGAUCAGCAUCUCUAGACACUAAAACCAUCCGAAACACUCCUGACUCUGUGAGGCUGCAGGAGAUGUUGACUCCUUCAGCCAUGGAUCAGUUUGCCCACACAGCUAGACUUGCCCUGAAAAUGCAGUCUGUUAAAGAACAGCUGGAUUCAGUUCUUGAAUCACAUAGAAUGUCUUCAGCUGCUGGAUUCAGUUUUGAUCAGGACAAAGUGGACAUGACAGGCAGGAGCUUCACAUCUGAUGUUGGCACAACGGGAUUAAAUGUUUCACUACCUCUGCUCUCGCCUCACUCCAAGCUGCAGCUCUCUGGUUCUUUGGCCGACCAGCUCAUCCCACAAGCAGCUCUGAACACACAAAGCCGAGGCUUCAGUCCGAUCAGUCAGAGGCUAAAAGGAGCCGCGUCUUUUAAACUACAUUCAACUCUCCCUGAUCCAACCUCCUCGGGUUUUUAUGAACCAGAUUCAGUCCUUGUUCAACAAAUAGUCGUUUCCCUCUAUGAUUACGAAGCAAAUCGAUCUGAUGAGCUGACCAUCCGGCGUGGUGACGUCAUCCAAGUACUGUACAAAGACAAUGACACCUGGUGGUUCGGACGCCUGGUCAACGGGCUGCAAGGAUAUUUUCUUGCUUCUUAUGUAGUAGAUCAGCGUGAGUUUAUGGAGGAGUCUGCAGAGCGGGACCAGGCUUCGUUGGAAAAGACUGUUGAGAGGUCAACGCCCACAAGGGUAUCCGCAGCAGUUAGUUCUUCAGGGGAACUUAGAUUUUUCUCUGAGCCAACCUUUUCCGACACCGAACCUGAGCUGGCCAAUGCCAAAACUAGAAGAAAAAAGGUGAAAAAGCCAAGAGCACCCGUGGCUCAGACCGCUUCAUCAGACGUGGACAUUUCAGGCUCAGCUAGAAGCAGGAGACGGGCCAAGCCAACCCACAGACCUCUACCAAAGAGACCAACAGGCCAGACUAACGCUGCCUUUGAACCUGAUUAAUGACACCAGUCAGGCUUUUAUCUCUGCCCGCUUUAUCAUAGCAGGUGGUUUGGACUUUUUUUUUUCCCGGUUUUUUUUUAAGGUAUAUUUAUAUGCAUUGUUAAGAAUAAAUUUGUAUUUUUUUGUAUGAAUUUAGAAAUGCCAUUUUCUUAACACCAUUAUAAAUACUUAAUAAGUUAAAAUGUUUUUAUUUCACUGUAAAGAUAGAUGUGGUUCAAAAACCUUUAAAGAUGCCAAAAGGCAGCAUUCGGACACUAUGAGAAAAUUGCAAUUCUGUAAUCACUAUUAAAACGUAAUAAUUGUCUAAUAAAACCUUGAGCCACAUGGAA